CAUCUGGAGCUGGAAGGAGAACCAAAUUUAUUAAUAGAUAACGCUGAUUCUCCGGCAUCUAGUGCGCUGGGCGGACGCUUCCGCUGCCUCCGAUAGUGAUUUUUGACCCCCUUAACCCGCCAUGUACUGAACCAAAUGACGUGGACGCGAUGAACAAGCGACAAGUGUUUUUAGGCCUGCUCCUGGCGAGCGCCUUUGUUUGCAUUUGGGGAUCGGUGGAGGAGACCGAGGAGGAUAAUAGGGAGCUGCCAACCAUACUAAUAGCUUUGCUAGUGCGCAACAAGGCCCACACGCUGCCCAUGUUCCUGAGCUAUCUGGAGCAGCAGGAUUACCCGAAGCACAGGAUUGCCUUUUGGUUGCGCUGCGAUCAUAGCAAUGACGACAGCAUAGAUGUGCUGCAGCAGUGGCUGGAGCACACGGGUGAGCUCUAUCACGGUGUUAAUUACGCUUUGGAGCCGGACGAGCUGAGUUAUAUCAACGAGAGCUCCCCAUACGAGUGGCCGGCAUCGCGUUUCAAGCAGUUGAUCUCCCUGAAAGAGGAGGCUUUCGGUUAUGCUCGCGAUAUUUGGGCUGACUUUGUGUUUUUCCUCGAUGCCGAUGUCUUUCUCACCUCCAAGGAGGCUUUGAAAACGCUAACCCGUCUCCGUCUACCCAUUGUGGCACCCAUGCUGCUCUCGGAGAGCUUGUACUCGAAUUUCUGGUGCGGCAUGACGGAGGAGUACUACUACAAGCGCACCGAUGAGUACAAGGAGAUAUAUCACUCGAAGAAACUGGGCAGCUUUCCAGUGCCCAUGGUGCACACUGCUGUUAUGGUGGACAUGAACUAUAGGGGAACGAGAAACCUCACAUUCGACAGGCACAAGCUGCUGGAGAUGCAACGGAGCAGGGGACAGGAGCCACUAUACGAGGGACCAGCGGAUGACAUUAUAGUGUUUGCCAUAUCCGCCAAUAGUUCGGGGAUUCCCCUACACAUCUGCAACGACAUAAACUUUGGCUAUAUCCUGCAACCCCUGGAGCCGGGCGAUACCUUGGAUAAUGAUAUCCAGCAGCUGGUGAAUAUCAGAAGCCUCAUGGUCACCGAUCUGGGCGCUGUGCCCCCCGAGCUUGACUACUUCAGGGAGCUGGUAAAAAAACCAGAGAAAUCAAAGCUCUCUUUGGAUCGCAUCUUUAUGAUCAACCUCAAGAGACGUCCCGAGCGGCGUGAGAAGAUGGAGCGGCUCUUUGAGGAGCUGGGCAUCGAGGCCGAGUACUUUGAGGCUGUGGAUGGCAAGGAACUAACCGAGGAGCGACUGCAGGAGAUGGGUGUAGGCUUUCUGCCCGGCUACGAGGAUCCCUAUCACCAUCGGGCCAUGACUAUGGGUGAGAUUGGCUGCUUCCUCAGCCACUACAGCAUCUGGGUGACUAUGGUGCGGAAGGACUUGAAGGAGGUGCUCAUCCUGGAGGAUGAUAUACGCUUUGAGCCGUACUUCCGCCACAAUGCCGUCCGGGUUGUGAAUCAGGCCAGAAGCGUGGGUCAGUACGAUCUCAUUUACUUUGGCCGCAAGCGCUUGAAGGAGGAGAGCGAACCGUGGGUCACGGAUGCCGAUAGCCUCGUCCAUGCCGGCUACUCCUACUGGACAUUGGGCUAUGUUCUGUCUCUGGAGGGUGCCCUCAAGCUGCUGGCAGCCAAGCCGCUGGAAAAACUCAUACCCGUCGACGAGUUCCUGCCACUGAUGUUUAAUCGUCAUCCCAACGAAACCUGGAAGGAGGCCUUUCCCAAACGGAAUCUCGUGGCGCUCAGUGCUGCUCCUCUUCUGCUUUAUCCCAUCCACUAUACAGGGGAUUCUGGUUACAUUUCCGACACCGAAGACUCGGAGCAAAUCAAUGUGGCGGAGAGUGAUGAGGGAGAAGCUAGGCUGAAGAGCGAUCGCGAGCAGGUUUUCGCCCAGAAUGAGGUGGAGCCGGAAGGCGUCGUGGAUCAGCAGCAACCGAAGCUAGGCGAAAGUCUGACCAAGAGCCAUCAGGAGCUCUAAAUUCCAUGCCAUACUAGGGGUAAUAUUUUGCCAAAUACCACAAAGUGCCUUAAAUCCAAAAAAAAAACCCAAAGCCACCAAACAAAAUAACAAAUGUUAAAUUAGAUUUAAAUUUAAUUAGAUUUAAGUUUAAGUUCUUUUUGGGUAAAUAUUUUGUGCAAUGUUUUUCAAGAUUUUAUAUUGUAAAAGGUUCCUAAAAAGCAGAGUUUAAAAUUUUAACAAAAAACGAAUUCUUGAAGAGUUUAAAGUUUUACAAAAAAACGAAUUCCAGAGGGAUUUAUUGUGAGAAAAAAACUCAUUUAGGUUUUGUUUUCAGACUUCGAUCCAAAGCAAUAAUACAACGAAUUUCAUCUGUGUCAAAAGUAAAUGUACAUGGUUCCUGUUUCAUUAACUCAUUUGAAAUCAACAUCCAAGUUGCAUAACCUUUGAACCCAAAUGCCAACCUUAUCUUAAGGACUAAAACUAGUAUAAAUACCAUUGACAUAGCCAAUUAAGUAGGUUUUAAACCCUCGAUAUAAAAUCACUUUAUUCCUCUGAAAACUGUAAA